UAUAAAUACCUCAACAAUCUGUUAAGCAUAAAGUUUAAUAAAACAUAAUUAAACUCGAUUAUAAUUAAGUGAACAAUUUAAUUGUUUAAAAAUGGUUCCUGACUUAGAAGAUGAUUCUUCAGAAAAUGUCGCCUGCGUUUUGGAGAUGUUUACAGAGUAUAAAGAAGUCUUGGAGAUGAUACAAACUUUACCUCAAACAUACAAGAAUCAUUUGGAACUGAAUGCCCAAAAAUUUAAAGACAUUUUAAAACUGUACCAAGAACAACCUCAUUUGCUCGAUAAGAACAUAGAAGAACUUUUGAACCUGUUAAUGCAAUAUGUUUUGGAUAAAAAUGCAGAAGACGAUUUGAAGCAUGCUGCUUUUAAAUAUAUGUAUAUUAUAAGCAAUGUCAGGAACCAUAAAGUCACUGUUCGAUAUCUAACACACGAGAUUACAGAUAUGGAAACUAUAUUGCAAAUGCUUGAAGCACAAAAACUAGAUGACUUGACUAACUGGGAAACCCGCUACAUGCUUCUUUUAUGGCUUUCAAUCCUAGCAAUGAAUCCUUUUCACAUGUCCAGACUCGAUAGUACUAUAACCAGUGAUAAAUUAACAGUCAUGGAAAGGAUUUUUAAUAUCUGCAAACAGUAUUCCUUAGCCGGCGAUUCAUGCUGCGCAGCAGCAGCCUAUUUGUCUUCAAAGUUUUUAACAAGGAAUGACGUUAAAGAUAAAUAUUUGGCACAGUUUUUUGAUUGGGCUUGCCAAGUUAACGAAAACCUAACUGUUGAUGUUAAAUAUGGCAUCUUAGCAUCUGUAGCUGCUAUUUUAAAACAUGGUAAACGUGAAGACUUGUUGCCUUAUUCUAAUAAACUUUUGCAUUGGAUUAUUAAUAGUCAGUAUAAGGAGACUAAUGGAGCGCUUGUGCAUAAAUAUAGUAUUAAAAUAAUACAAAGAAUAGGUUUAACUUUAUUAAUGCCGACAAUUGCUGCGUGGAGAUACCAGAGAGGUAGCAGAUCGUUGUCUGCGAAUUUGUGUGCUGGGGAUCAACCGGUAAAAUCAUUACCGCUUGUCCAGACAGUUGCUACUACAGAAACCAGUGAAGAUAUUCAUGUGCCUGAACAAAUUGAAGAUGUUUUAGAAGAAUUACUGUUAGGAUUAAGAAAUUGUGAUGGUGUAGCCCGAUGGUCUGCUGCAAAAGGUGUAGGUCGUGUAACCAACAGACUACCUCGUGAAUUAGCAGACGAAGUCCUAUCUUCAGUUCUAGAAGUCUUUUCAGUACGAGAAACCCACCAUGCUUGGCACGGGGGCUGCUUAGCACUUGCUGAAUUGGCCAAAAAGGGACUUUUACUACCAGCACGUCUACCAGAAAUCGUACCUUUGAUGCUACAAGCCCUGAGGUACGACGUUGUCCAAGGUUUUGUCAGCGUUGGGGCUCAUAUAAGAGAUGCAGCUUGUUAUGUGGCUUGGGCAUUUGCAAGGGCUUAUGAAAGUGCUGAAUUGGCACCUUUUGUUAAUAGUGUUGCUGCUGCUUUGGUCUGCACUGCUGCUUUUGAUCGGGAAAUCAAUGUUAGGAGGGCUGCGAGUGCUGCUUUUCAGGAAAACGUAGGGAGAUUAGGUACGUUUCCCCACGGUAUAGACAUUUUGACUGCAGCCGAUUUUUAUUCAGUCGGUGUCCGGACUACUGCCUAUUUAGAAAUUAGUGUCCACAUUGCCCAAUAUGGAGAAUAUGCUGUGCCCUUAGUUUCCCAUUUAGUCGAAUUAAAAGUCGAUCAUUGGGACAGCGCUAUAAGGGAAUUGUGUGCUAAGGCUUUGCACAAACUCACAUUCAAGACGCCGGAGUAUAUGUCAAGUAAAGUAUUGCCAGAGCUUUUUAGGAAAACAGAAACUAUAAAUGUGAAUAGUAGGCAUGGAGCUAUUUUGGCUAUCGGUGAAGUUAUUUAUGCGUUUUCGAUAAUUGCUGCACAAGAAGGAAAGGCUUUGGAGGAUUUGGUGGCAUCGGAUAUUAUUAUAAAAGCAGGUAAUGUUGUGGACACUGUUAGAAGACGAGAACAAUUCAAGGGCCUCGGAGGUGAACUGAUGAAACUUGCUUGCUCGGACUUGAUUGAAAAACUAUCUAAAGCUGAAGUCAAAUAUAACCGAGAGAUCACAGAUGAUUGGUUAAGACAAAUCGAAGACUGUUUGAACCACAAAGUACCAGCAAUUAGACAACGUGCCUGCGGGGCUUUGGCAGAAAUGCUAAAAUGCUACUACAGUUCAACAACUGAUGAAGCUAUUUUGGAACAUAGGCAACAGAUGAUUGUCCGGUUUACAAAUCAAUUGAGAGCUGAUAAUGAGACUUCUAGGAUGGGCUAUGCAUUCGCAAUAGGAUCUUUUCCAAAAGUUUGCUUGAUUGGUAACCUGAAUGCAAUACUAGUUGCUCUUAUAAGAUGUGCCAAAAUCGAUUCGCAAAUUAUGUGGGCCGAAAGCAGAACUGCAGCAGUUAAGGCUAUUAUUAGUGUUUGUGAAACUGUUGGAGCAGAAGCUUUGGGUGACUAUGUGGAACCAGUUUUCGAAUGUUUUAUGCGAUCAUUAGGAGAAUACACGAUACAUACUCGUGGUGACAUUGGCGCAUGGGUUCGGGAAGCAGCGAUGGCAGGUCUACACAGUUUAGUCUUAUUGCUGAAAGAAACGCCUCAUCUGACUCCUGAAAUGGUUAAAAGUGUUAUGUUGGGUUUGUCGCAGCAGGCUGUUGAGAAAAUUGAGAGGACUCGAGCACUUGCUGGGAAACUGUUUGCUAAUUUAGUACACAAUUGUCCAUACGUUCCCGAUUACGAAAGAGUGGGCACAAUUUUCACUGCCGAUUGCACUGACCAAAUCCUGUGGCUUUUCGGACAACAUACAUUCCCCAAAUUUUGCGAACUUCUAGCUUUGCCCGAAUACAGCGAAUCAGUUAUGCUUGGAAUCAUCACCAGUAUUGGAGAUUUGACCGAAACAUUGAUGAAGCAUUCCAGUGCGGCCCUGUUUGCAUUUUUAAAGUCUCAAACGGAUAAACCAGAGGAACUGUCUCGAUUAGGAAAAGUUAUUGUCAGAGUUUUUGCGCAAAAUCAAAAUGUUGAAAGAGUGUCUUGUGCUAUGCUUGUUUUCUUGGAUCUACUUCUCAGUUCUGGAUCCUUCUCCAAAGUUUUCAACGAUGAUGCAGAGUUUUCAACACAAAUUCUGGCUUUAUCGAGAUCGGAAAUAAAGGGUUCUAAAAAGAUCUAUAAAAUUCUGGCCAGUAUUAACGUUUUCUGCCAACUAAUACAAUUUGAAAGUGUGAGAAGAAAAGCACUGAUACAAAUUUCUGUACUAUUGGGCCACUCCGUAAUGCACGUUAGGAAAACUACUGCCACUAAAUUCUACGAGGCUCUUAUAAUUCAUUCGGAUUGUCUGGACAUACCUGGUGAUGACCUGGACGAGGUGAUGACUUAUUUGUCAGAAGGAAACUGGGAUGGUUCUGUACAAGAAGUUCGAACUAUGAGAAACGAUGUAUGCAAAUUAUUGGGAGUGCCUCCACCGAUAACUCCUGGAUCUUCACAAAAUAAAUAGUUGAAAUUAUUCACUAAAGAUAUUCCCUCCUUUGUGUGAUGCAAAC